CCUCGGAACACAAUCUCUGUCGUAGGGGGUUUUAUUUUUUUAUAUAAAAUUCACUACUUUCUGUCUUUUUGUUAUCUCCUCCGCCUCUCCUCAAUACAACACUGCUUUAAUUUUAUAUAUGUACCACUGCAUUUCACUGCCUAAUAUUCCUUCGCUUACUACACUCAUGUUGCCGUUUUCUGCGGAGGCGCCCACUAUGAAGACAUGCACUGCCAACCUCCCUAUUGCCUGCUCUUAUUUUCUCCUUUUCCUCCUUUCACUCCCGCUCUUCUUCUUGCCCAUCACCGACUGUCAGCUUCUGGAAUCAUGUUCCACUGCCACGGACUGUGGGGCUGGUCUUUACUGUGGCAACUGCCCUUCACUUGGGAAAACUCAACCUUUCUGCAUCAGGGGCCAAGCUACAACACCAACUUCCAUUAUCAGUGGGCUGCCCUUUAAUAAGUACUCCUGGCUGAUGACUCAUAAUGCCUUUUCCAUUGUGGAUGCGCCGUCAUUGACCGGUGCUCAGAGAAUCACUUUCUACAAUCAGGAAGACUCUGUUACCAAUCAAUUGAGGAAUGGAGUGAGGGGAUUCAUGCUGGAUAUGUAUGAUUUCGAGAAUGAUAUCUGGCUCUGCCAUUCAUUUCGUGGCCAAUGCUACAAUUUCACUGCCUUUGAACCCGCAAUUAAUACAUUGAGAGAAAUUGAAGCAUUCUUGACCCAGAAUCCUUCAGAGAUUGUUACCAUCAUAAUUGAGGAUUAUGUUCAUACACCGAAAGGAUUGACAAAGGUGUUCACUGAUUCUGGUUUGGACAAGUAUUGGUAUCCGGUUGCCAAGAUGCCAAAGAAGGGUGAGGAUUGGCCAACUGUUAACAGCAUGGUGCAAAAUAAUUAUCGGUUACUGGUUUUCACAUCGGAUUCUUCAAAAGAGGGGACUGAAGGAAUUGCGUAUCAGUGGAGGUACAUGGUGGAAAAUGAGCCUGGAGAUCCCGGAGUUGUGCCUGGUUCGUGCCCAAACAGAAAGGAAUCAAAACCACUGAAUUCAAGAAGUGCCUCUCUAUUUCUCAUGAACUACUUUCCAACAAUUCCCGUUCAAAAUGAAGCUUGCAAAGAGCAUUCUAUGCCGCUUGCUGAUAUGAUUGCAACCUGUUACAAAUCUGCAGGAAAUCAGAUUCCAAAUUUUUUGGCAGUGAACUUUUACAUGAGAAGUGAUGGAGGAGGUGUUUUUGAUUAUUUGGAUCGAAUGAAUGGCCAGACAUUGUGUGGAUGUAGUACUAUCUCUGCUUGCCAGCCUGGAGCAACCUUUGGAAGUUGCAGACCCAUUACUCCAGCUAACACAACUCCCACAGCCACCGGGACUGCUGGAAGCUUCACUGGGUCCGUUCAGUUAACAGGAGAUGCUUCAGUGACCAAUAUUCUUGGCAUGUUAGUUCUGUGCUUGUUACCAUUCCUCGUAUCCUUUACUUUGUUGUAAUGAGAAUUGGAAAUAGAAAGCCAUUGAUGUUGAUAACGAGUCGAACCUGGGGAAUCACCUUCCAAUGUCAUAGUCUCCAAAAGUUUUGGAUUUAGAAUAGGUGAGUGAAAUUUGGUUUGAGAUAGAAAGGUCAAGUAUGUUAGGUAGACAUGGAAAGUUACUAUAUUUAUAGCGGACACUGAGGAUUUAGCACAGGAAAUUGCAACAGAGAGCAAUCACCACGAAAGGGUUUGAUUAUUAUGUGGUCCUGGUGUGUCAUUUUACUUACCUUUCAAUGAAGAAAGGUGUGGACUCGACCAUAUUUGAUCCCCAUCUUUCCUCUUGGUU